UGUUGGCGGUAUAGACCGUAUCUUCACAACCCUGACAUGCAGCUUCUUCCAUGAACAUGUUUCUCCUACUGCUUACAGUCAGUGUUUUCAGCGCUAUAGUCUCCGGAGCAGAUGGGGUGACGGUGAUAAGAGGGCGGCCGGCUGUUCUGCAGUGUGAGGCCGAUCCUGGAGACACAUUACUACAAGUUAUAUGGAAGCUUCAUCUAUAUAAUUCAUCCUGUUUAAUAUCAUAUAAAAUAGAGGAAAACAACACAAAGAUAUCAUACAGCUCCUGCAGUACAAGGAUGAGAAGUGACGAUUUAUCUCUGAGGAUCAAUAAUACGGAAGUAUCUGAUGAAGGGGAGUACAGAUGUGAGGUGGUAAAUAGUAUGCGCACAUUCUUCACAAACAUUUCACUACAUGUAUUAGCUCAGCCAUCUACAUACUUAAAACUAAACAGUGAUGGAUCUCCAGAGUGCGGAGCCAUUGGUGGGAAUCCACCUGCACAUAUCUCCUGGAUCCCACAUUCAGAUGAUAUAAACACCACAGUGGUGGAAGAACCGGACAGGACACGGUCAGUGAUCAGCAUAUUCUGGAGAAAGGAGAUGAAUGAGACAUUAAUGACUUGUGUUGUUUCUCAUCCAACGUUUGCUCAUCCAUGGAAAGAAUUCAUUGUACUGAAUAAUUGGAAUAAAUGGAAGUACAAGGUAUUGGCAUGUGUUAUCAUCUGUUUUAUAAUAAUCUUAACAUGUCUCAUCAUCUGGAAACUCACAGAUCUCAGGGCCUGCUUUAGAAAUAUGAUAAACAGAGACCGAAAGCGAAAUUAUUGUGAAGAGGACAGACAAGAGUUUGAACCCUAUGAAACCUUCACCCAAAAUGACAAUGUUAUCUAUUGUGUGGCGACAUUUGUUGCUCACGAAACUGCAAGCUAAUGCAUAAAAACAAGACAUGCAAAUAUAACUACAGGAAUAAACAUGAAGAUUUUUUUCCCCUACAUUUGCAUAACUUGCCGCAUUUG